AUGGAGAAAGGGUAUAAGAAUCAGUUCCUGUUGACAGAGUUGCAGCAACGAAGCAGCAGAGAUCUCUUACAAACUAAACGAGCAAGGGAGCGGCCCCAGCAUCUGACUACAUGCACAACAGCCAUUCAGAAGACUGCAAUCCUACUGGCUGGAGCGGAGAAUUAUCCCGUCCAGGUGCAUGCCUGUAUAAAAACCUUUGGAGCGUGCAUCCUCCUGCAGGGAAUUUCCAGUGCCCUCCGUCACAACAGCUCUCUUGCUAUGAUCUCCACACAGCAGCCACCAUUCCCCAACAAAAUUCAAAGAGUAAUGGACUGCCAAACUGAAGAAGAAACCUGUGAAGAACAAUAUGACUCUGAAAACUGCACUCACAGCUCCGAGCGUGCAUCAUCAACAGCAGAAUCCAACUCAGACUCCCCAGUGACUCUUAAAAUACUACAGAACUGGGCUCCCAAAGUUUCCCACUACUUCGAUAAAGAACACUAUACUUACGCAGGCCACCAGAUCGUCAUUCAGGAAUCUAUAGAACACUUUGGAGCAGUGGUAUGGCCUGGGGCUCUGGCGUUAUCUCAGUAUCUGGAAUCAAAUCAAGAACGAUUCAACCUCAAAGACAAAAAGGUGUUGGAAAUUGGUGCUGGAACAGGCUUGGUUUCUAUUGUGGCCUGCAUCUUGGGUGCUUAUGUUACAGCUACAGAUUUGCCUGAAGUUCUUGAAAAUCUCUCAUUUAAUAUUUCAAAAAAUACACGAAACAUGAAUACGCACAAACCUGAAGUGAGAAAACUGGUAUGGGGAGAAGACCUGAAUGAAGACUUUCCUCUAUCAACUUACCAUUAUGAUUUCAUUCUCGCAACUGAUGUUGUAUACCAUCACACAGCUCUGGAACCCCUGCUAGCAACAAUGGCAUAUUUUUGUCAGCCAGGGACAGUAUUAUUAUGGGCAAAUAAAUUCAGAUUCAGUACAGACUAUGAGUUUUUGGAAAAAGUUUGCAAUAUAUUUGACACAACCAUUCUAGCAGAAUUUCCAGAAUCAAAUAUCAAGCUGCUAAAAGCCACAAUGAAAAAAAGUUGAAGAGAAAACAAGCACCAAUUUU